UCUGUCCUUCACCCUCGUCUCCGUCCCCCCUAUUUACUUUUCAAUUUUUGAUCCCUCUCUCUCUCUCUCUCUCUCUCUCUACUUCGAUCACUGCACGUUCCGUCCCUCCCUCUUGCGAAUCCACCCGAUCGUCCGCCCGGCGGGAUAAUCCUUUGCAGCAUUGAAGCCGACUUGACCGGCAACGAUGUCAUUCUCCGACUCCGAUUCCUCCUCCUCCUACGGUGCCGACUAUAAGAAUUUUAAGCAAGUCACUCGCGAGCGUUUGUUACAAGAAAUGUUGCGCUCGGCAAAGGCAGGGGACUCAAGGUCAACCUGGAAGGUACUCAUCAUGGAUAAACUAACUGUCAAGAUAAUGUCUUACGCAUGCAAGAUGGCCGACAUCACGCAGGAAGGAGUUUCGUGUAAGAAUUUGGAAGACUCGUCCAAAAUUAAAGCAUGCCUGAAAAAUAUGUCAAUAAAGUGGUGGAGGAUAUAUACAAAAGAAGACAGCCAUUACCCUCCAUGGAUGCGAUAUACUUCAUCCAACCGACUAAAGAGAAUUUGUGUUGGCGAUUUCUGUUUUCUGUAUUGCAGCAUUGUCAUGUUCUUGUCAGACAUGUCUGGGAAAUCCCCCUUAUACAAGAAGGCAUAUGUCUUCUUUAGCUCACCUGUCUCCCGGGAUUUGGUGACACAUAUCAAAAGGGAGGGCACUGUGUUACCUCGGAUAGGUGCGUUGAGAGAGAUGAAUUUGGAGUAUUUUGCUAUAGAUAGCCAGGGUUUCCUAACCGACCAUGAAAGGGCUUUAGAAGAGCUUUUUGGGGAUGAAGAAGAUUCUCGAAGAAGUGACGCAGUUUUGAGUGUCAUUGGUACUCGGAUAGCCUCGGUUUUUGCUUCACUAAGGGAAUUUCCCUACGUGCGAUAUCGUGCUGCCAAGUCACUUGAUGUGACGACGAUGACGACUUCUCGUGAUCUUAUUACCACAAAACUUGCUGCUAGAGUCUGGGACCGAAUCUCACAGUACAAACAAAAGAUUGAACAGUUCCCUCAGACCGAAACUUGCGACUUGCUCAUCCUUGAUAGAUCUGUGGAUCAGAUUGCUCCCGUCAUUCAUGAGUGGACAUAUGAUGCAAUCUGCCAUGAUCUAUUAAAUAUGGAAGGCAACAAAUAUGUCCAUGAGGUUCCCAGCAAAUCGGGUGCUCCGCCUGAGAAAAAGGAGGUCCUAUUAGAGGAACAUGAUCCUGUGUGGGUCGAGCUUCGCCAUGCACAUAUUGCAGAUGCCAGUGUGCGGUUGCACGACAAGAUGACAAAUUUUGUAGCCAAAAACAAAGCUGCACAGAUCCAACAUGGUUCAAGGUUGGUGCAGAAUUCUUGUCAAAACUCCUACUACUACCGAAAGAUGGUGGCCAACUUUCUACGCGAGACUUGCAAAGGAUGGUUCAAGCAUUACCACAAUACAAUCGCAGGAAAAGUUAACCAAAUCAUCAAGGACUCUGGGCUUCGAGACCUCGGACAGUUGGAGCAAGAUCUUGUAUUCGGAGAUGCUGGGACAAAGGAUGUUAUCAAGUAUUUGACUGCAAAUGAGUGUCCCGUGCAGGAUGCAAGCCGUGAAAACAAGCUACGAUUGUUGAUGAUUCUUGCAGCAAUAUACCCUGAGAAAUUUGAGGGGGGGAAGGGACAUGAUUUAAUGAAGUUAGCUAAGUUACCAGAAGACGACAUGAAUGCUGUAAACAACAUGAGAUUGCUUGGUGGUGCAGCAGAGACUAAGAAAAGCUCAGCUACUAGUUUCAGUCUGAAGUUUGAUAUUAACAAGAAGAAGCGAGCAGCAAGGAAAGACCGUUCUGGUCAGGAAGAAACUGGAUGGCAGCUAUCACGGUUUUAUCCCAUGGUAGAGGAACUUGUUGAAAAACUGAGCAAAGGGGAAUUGUCAAAAGACGAGUACCCGUGCCUGAAUGACCCGAGUGCAACCUUUCACGGUACGUCUCCAGCUGCGAUAAUGAAUAGCUCUCCUCACUCCAUGCGAUCAAGAAGAACACCGACAUGGGCUCGCCCUCGGCAUUCUGACGAUGGUUAUUCAAGUGAUUCGGUGCUGAGGCAUGCAUCCAGUGACUUUAAGAAGAUGGGCCGCCGGAUAUUUGUGUUCGUCGUUGGUGGAGCUACGAGAUCUGAGCUACGUGCUUGUCACAAGCUGACAAGCAAGCUGCAAAGAGAAGUCGUGCUAGGCUCUACAAGUCUUGAUGAUCCUCCCCAGUUCAUUACGAAACUUAAGCUUUUGACAGCAAAUGAACUUUCAUUGGACGAUCUGGAGAUAUGAAAGCAUGGCUGAUAGAAAUGCUGAAACAGGAUUGAUCAUUCGCGUGGUGUCUGUACUGUUAGACUGAUUAAUCCAAUUGUGUAUCUACCAUUAUUCAUCUUUAGCCUCCCAUGUAAAAUGCCCAGUAUCUAUGAUUUCCCCCCCACCUAUUCUCAUUGUAAUGGUUCUAUUUCGGCGUAAGCUCGUCAUGAUGUUCAGGCUGUAACUUAUCCCAUCUUUUCUCUUCGAAUUUUCAUUGUAAUUCAAUGUACUGAAACUCCAGAGAGGAGUUCAUGUGUAUAAAUAUAUUGCUACUAACCAAUAGAAGAAAAGAAAAAUGAUGAUGCUUGUGAUUCCUGAUUCGUGGAAUAAUGAUUUGAUUCAUCAACACCUACUUCGACUCUUCAAUGGAAUUGGUUAUAGUCACUAACUAGGCGUAAUUUCGUUUGCCUGCUGAUUCUUGAGUUGG